GUCCAGGCUGCGAAUUCACUGGGCUAUGGCCCGAUCUCGAACGAGGUGACGGUAUUCAGUGCCAAAGACAUGCCUCAAGUUGCCCCGCAACAAGUGCUGGAACAAAGUUACAACAGUACCAGCUUGAGGGUGAGCUGGCAACCGAUAGAGGAGACCAGAGAGCGGAUAAGGGGAAGAUUGAUAGGGCACAGAUUAAAAUAUUGGAAGGAGAGCAAC